UGUCGGUGGUUCCGGGUUGCCGGGGCGGCGGCGGCGGCGGGAUGGUGCCGGUCCUACCGGGGCUCUACGUGGGCGGCGCGGAAUCGUGCUCGUCCCCGGAGUCGCUGGCGGCGGCGGGGGUGGUGGCGGUGCUAACGGUGGAGGCGGAGGAGGAACCGCCGCCUCCGCCGGGGAUGCGGAGCAUGCACGUCCGGGCGCGGGACGAGCCCGGCGCCGACCUGCUGAGCCGCCUGGACGAUUGCGCCGCCUUCAUCGACGCGGCGAGGGCGGACGGCGGCGCCGUCCUCGUCCGCUGCCAGGCCGGGGUGAGCCGCAGCGUGGCCGUGGUGACCGCCUACCUCAUGAAGACGGAGGGACUCGGCUGGGAGGAGGCUUACGCCGUCGUCAGGACCGCCAAACCCGACGCCGAGGUGAACCCGGGUUUCCGAGGGCAGCUGAAGCUCUACGAAGCCAUGGGCUGCGCCGUAGACAGCAGCAGCGCCUUCUACAAGAGGUACCGGCUGCAGAUGCUCACGGAGAGGUACCCCGAACUUCAAGACUUGCCCCGAGAAGUCUUUGCUGUUGAUCCAACCAAUAUAUGUCAAACUCCGAACACAGAGGUUCUCUACAGGUGCAGGAAAUGCAGGCGCGCUCUGUUCCGUAGUUCCAGCAUUUUGUCCCACACGGAAGGAAGUGGACCAACAGCCUUUGCCCACAAGAGGAUAACAGACUCUGCUCGGUUCUGUGGCGAUGGCCGCGAAAAGUGUACCUCUUACUUCACCGAGCCUGUGCAGUGGAUGGAGCCAGCGUUGCUCGGAGUAAUGGAAGGACAGCUUCUGUGUCCGAAAUGCACGUCGAAGCUGGGCUCCUUCAGCUGGCAGGGUGAGCAGUGUUCCUGUGGCCGCUGGGUGACGCCUGCCUUCCAGAUCCACAAAAGCCGAGUAGACGAAGUGAGGACGCUGCCAGGUGGUAACUUCCAAACUGCCAAAACCUGAACUCGUCGCUUCUCUCGAUGGGUUUCUCAAGGUCUGCAGAGAACUGCUGGCUAGUCCGUGGUUGCCAGGAGCGAGCUUGUGACUUCCACCUCUUUGUAAUGCAGUGGGAUUACUUGGAACAUCUGCUCUAUUCAAGCUUGCUGUAUCUCUAAUAUAUAUAAUAUAUAAAAGAGCAAAAUAAUUCCUUCAAGGAGGUGUUACACAGUGGUCAAAUAUGUACAAAAAUACCUGAAUGUCAUGUUUUUAGCAUAUUCUCACUUCAUCUGUUGCUAUUUAGAGAAGGUCUCAACUCCUUAUUUAAAAGGAAUGCCAACAUGUUUCAGGCUGUGGCCAGCAGUGGUGCUUGUCUAAUGAUCCAAAGUUCCAAGUGGUUUGUGUGAAGCAGGCAGCUGAGAUUGUAGGACGUGCAUUCCACAUCAUGAGGUACGCAGCAAGAAGAUAUUUUAAGGCUUGGCCAAGUGCCAUAAAAUGGUACAAUUGCAAUUGUUGUGUGAGCAUGCAUGGCAGCUACUAGCAGUGAAAGGGAAGUUUACAGUUACUUUCAUUGUAAUAAAAGUAGUCCUAAAAAUAUCUGCCACAAGAAUAUUUACUACAUUGUAACUUUUAUGUAAUAGCUGAGGAGAUUAUGCAAGCUGUACUGGAAUGGGAGAACUGAAGUAAAGUGUCCCUGCCAAAUUGCUGCUUACAGGUUCAAAGAAAUUCCUAAAAUCAUGAAGUAAGAUUUUAA